ACGGCGCGCGUCCCCUAGACACGCUACCCAGGCAGAUCCGCGCUGGAACGCGACGGCCGCCCGGAGAGCUCGAGCCGUAGCCUUCCUGCUGCCGUUGACGCCUCGGCCCCUCCGCUCCUCCACCUGCCUUCCGACGACGACGCGCCCCCAGAUCGCUCCGGCGCGCCCGUAUCCCGCCAGCCUCCUUCGCCGCCAGCCUCUCUUCGGCGGCCGCGGCGGCUAAAAGGAGACGCCAUGGGGAAGGAGACGCCGGGCAAGAAGGAAGGAUGCGAUUGCAAGCGGUUCCUGAAGAACAACUGGCUGCUUCUCAGCACCAUCCUAGCCGUGGUCCUGGGAAUAGGACUAGGAGUUGCUGUUCGGGAAUAUGGAAAGCUCUCCAACCUGGACAAAUUUUACUUUGCAUUUCCUGGAGAAGUUCUGAUGCGAAUGCUCAAACUCAUCAUAUUGCCAUUAAUUAUAUCAAGCAUGAUAACAGGUGUUGCUGCAUUGGAUUCCAGUAUUUCUGGAAAGAUUGGCCUGCGAGCAGUUGUGUACUACUUCUUCACUACUGCCUUAGCUGUAAUUUUAGGGAUUGUAUUGGUUGUGACUAUCAAACCAGGAGUAUCUCAGAAAGCUGAUGAAAUUGACAGGAUGGGGAGCACUCCGGAAGUGUCUACAGUGGAUGCCAUGUUAGACUUAAUUAGAAAUAUGUUUCCAGAAAAUCUAGUACAGGCUUGCUUCCAACAGUAUAAGACCAAACGUGAAGAAAUAAAAAUUACAAGCACAGAUAAAAAUGGAACCUUUCCUACAGAUGAACCAAUCACAGCUAUAAUGCCAACUGAGAGUUCACAGAACAAAACUAAAGAAUACAAAAUAGUGGGCAUGUAUUCGGAUGGUAUUAAUGUGCUUGGAUUGAUAGUCUUUUGUCUUGUCUUUGGAAUUGUUAUUGGGAAAAUGGGAGAAAAAGGACAAGUGCUGGUGGAUUUUUUCAAUGCCCUGAACGAUGCCACAAUGUAUAUAGUUCAGAUUAUUAUGUGGUAUAUGCCUCUAGGUAUUUUGUUUUUGAUUGCUGGAAAGAUAAUAGAAGUUGAAGACUGGGAGAUUUUUCGCAAAUUAGGUCUUUAUAUGGCCACUGUAUUGAGUGGACUUGCAAUCCAUUCUGUGGUAAUUCUACCACUAAUAUAUUUAAUCAUAGUGCGGAAAAAUCCAUACCAGUUUGCCAUAGGUAUGGCUCAAGCACUAUUGACCGCACUCAUGAUUUCUUCCAGUUCAGCCACUUUACCCGUAACUUUUCGCUGUGCAGAAGAAAAAAAUCAUGUUGACAAGAGAAUUACUCGAUUUGUUUUACCAGUUGGAGCAACAAUCAACAUGGAUGGAACUGCACUGUAUGAAGCAGUGGCUGCCGUUUUUAUUGCACAGCUUAAUGACUUAGAGCUAGACAUUGGCCAAAUAGUAACCAUUAGUGUGACAGCAACAGCUGCCAGCAUUGGAGCAGCAGGAGUACCACAGGCGGGCCUUGUUACCAUGGUGAUUGUACUGAGUGCAGUAGGACUGCCAGCUGAAGAUGUUACCCUCAUUAUUGCCGUGGACUGGCUUCUGGAUCGAUUCAGAACAAUGGUUAAUGUUCUUGGUGAUGCCUUUGGAACUGGAGUUGUGGAGAAACUCUCCAAAAUGGAACUAGAACAGAUGGACACCAUCUCUGAAGUUAACAUUGUAAAUCCUUUUGCUUUGGAAACAACCGACAGUGAGGAUAAAGAGACAAAGAAAUCCUAUGUGAAUGGAGCUUUUGCCGUUGAUAAGUCAGACACCAUAUCUUUCACCCAGACAUCACAAUUCUGAGGUUGAUUGACUAACAGAGGGCCACAUUGGAUUAAAGGACAUGAGAGACCCUAAGUCAAUCCAUACCUUGGGAUCAUUACACUAUCGAUUCCUCAUGCUGUUUUUUGUCUUCUGCCUGUAUUCCUACA